AUGACGAGACGCAAGCUUCGAAUUUCCCUCUCUUCAAGUCUCGCUCUUCUCACUCCCGCUCCCCCUCCUGCUACUCCGUCCUCAUCUGCUGCCGCUGCUGCUGCUUCUGCUGCUGCUGCUGCUUCUGCUGCUGCUGCUUCCGCUGUUUCGCUUGCUGUCCCAACCCCUUUUGUCGAUGAUACCACUAUUACUGACGUGACCUCUGCUGUCGCCACUGCUACUAUUGAUACUUAUCCCACGGCGCCGUCCGCUUCCACGUCAGCUCCAGCCGUAUCGUGCGGCGAAGAGCCAGGGCCACUUUCCGAUAUCCCUCCUCGCACCGCGUCGCCUGUACCCGAGAUAUUUCCGCGAACCGCGUCGGCUGACGGUGACGGAACGCAACUCGCAGCUCCGUCGUCGCCCGGAGUCGUCGCCGAAGAGGCAGCGACUGCGUCGCAAAUCAUCCCUCGUAUCUCAGCUGUUGACGGAGUCGUCGCCGAUAUCGCAGCGCCGUCGUUUCCCAGACCAGUAGCCGAAGCGCCAGAGCUGGGUUCUGACACUGGUCCUCGCGCCACGACCGUAGAAGCGAGCAUCACGCGUCGCGCAAGUCCAUCUGCUCCCGCAGCUGUGCCGUCGACUCUCACAGCCGUUCCUUCUCCGAACGCCGCUCCUCCCGCUCCGUUCGCUCCUAGCCGUUGGAUCUGGCUGGCGACCCCGAUCACCAUUUUCCUGUCGCUCUUUCACCCCGUCCUCCUCUGCGCAGCCGCCAUGUGGCAGCUGGUGCGGCGACUAAUCGGCCACGUCACCAGCGCUACUGCAGGUCGCCCGGGCCUCUGGACGGCGUCAGCAGCGGCGGCGCGAGGGGAGGCGCAGGGGAGCGGGGGCUCGGCGAAGCGCGUGCGGUGGGAGGAGGAGGAGGUGGCGUGCGGCACGGAGCACACGGUGGUCUACCUGCUUCUGCAGAGCGGCCGCCUCUCCCCCCGCGGCCUUGCCACGCUCGCUUGCCUCUGCCGCUCCUUCCGCCAUGUGUGUGAAGACGAGAUGCUGUGGCAUCUGGCGUGCAUCGUGCAUUGGCCCAGCCUCAACGCGCCGGACCUGGAGGCCAGAAUACGAGCGAACGGUGGUUACAAGAGGUUCUGCCGUCUGCUCCACACGCCCUGUGGGGAGGUCCAGCAAAGCAUCCCAGCAGGCCACGUGGACGAGUUUGUGUCUGACGUCAUUUUCCUUGUUGACGUGUCGUACCGCGGUUCGCCCAUCUUCUCGCGCCGCAUCAGCGGAUCCAGCGACCUGGAGCACCUGCAGCAGCCCGACUCAUCAUUCGUGUGCAGGCUGCCAGACAUCAAUGUGGGGUCAGUGCUGGUGGAGGGCAAGCCUGGGCUGAGCAGGAGGGCGUUGGAGCGCGCAGCAAGGGAGCUGCAGGUGUCGUGUUUGGCGCUCAAGGGUCCGUUGGCGGGUGGUGGGGACCGCUUUGCUGUGCUGCUCAGCGCUGCCACCUCACAGAACAGCAUCAUUGGCGGGUAG